AAUUUAAAAGGAAACCGCCUUAAUCAGAAAGCCAAAUUAAUAAAAAUUUGAUUAAUUACAGCACCCAAAUCCAAACGUAAUCCUCUCCUCUUCUCUCCUGAUACAAAACCUAAAACCCUCUAUUCUUAUUUUCCCCCUCUCUCUCUCUCUCUCUCCUGCAACAUUUCCUCAUUGUUUCUAUCGCUUCUCUUGUCAUAGAUCUCUAUCUUUCUUUGAAAUAUGGACAAGCAUCAGGGCGGCCAAGAUCAAAUCGUCUCCACUGCUAGAUUGACGAUUGACUAAAGCUACCUUAGAAAGGAGAGAGGCAGCCACUCAGCAUUGAUGAGUGAAGGUGCAAGAGAGAGGAAAGGGUUAUUGUUGGACAUGUGAAGCUACCUAAAGAGAAGAGGGUAGGGGCAACCAAUGUGUGAAAGAGGAUCGGAAUCUUUGGAAGUGUGUAGGAACGUUAAAAUCCAAAUGUCACAUUGUGAAAGUAGAACACCUUUGCUAGCUGGAGGGAGACCUGUAAAGUCAGAUAUCUUGAAAGAGCAGCCACUGUUGCCCAAAGAUGAAAGACUAGUUUCGGUGAAUCAUUCUCCAGCUGCAGUCAUCAUAGGGCCUUCAGGUGAUGCUACAGAACAGCCCAAGUCUUCAGAUGUUAGUGGAGAACGAAGCACCCCCCAUCCGCUUAAUUUGUAUUCAUCUCAUGAAGGGGACAUUUAUGGUGGUUAUGGCAGUAACACUGGUGCUUGGGAUGGAUAUUCUCCAUAUAAUACUGAUGGAAUGCAUGUUUUAUCACCAGUCAUCUACAAUGAUAGUCCUUCUCUUCUGUUUCACUCUGGUUAUGGCUUCAAUCACGAAAUUGCAUAUGGACAGUAUUCACCAGUCGCUGGUCCUUUGCCUUCUGUAAUGGUAGAUGGCCAACUUUAUUCUACACAACAGGUCCCUUUCUCUCCAUCUUAUUACCCCCAGCCAUCUGAGUUGAUGAGACCAGAAAGUAGUAGCACUGACAACAUAGGUUAUGGGCCAGGACCAGGUUACAUGGUAAAUUAUAGAUCAUUUAGCGGAGAUCUGUCUGGACAUCUUGGUUCUAGUCCUUUAGCAUCUCCAACAAUUUAUCCUCCACCAAUGGGCAUUCUUGGGUCAUACGAACACAAUGCGGGGCAGAUUUCUCAACAACAGAGACCAAUGCAUGGAUAUGGAUUGGUUUCAAGUUCCUUUGGUGGACGCUAUCCUCAGGGUAGUUCUUACCAGAGCUCAAACUAUGGUAGUGCUUCAUAUUCGUUUGGUAAUGACCGGAACCGACUAAAUGUUGACAAGACCAGAAGAAGAGAGAGGGACUGGGACUCAAUUUCCGUCAAUAAUAAUUCACAUGAUAUAUUCAAUGACCGCAACAGAGGACCAAGGGCUUCACAGAUGAAGGCAAAGAGUACUUCCGACCAGAGUUCUUCAUCUAGUGUUAGGAAAAUGGAUCUAUCUUCUUCUGGAUUUAACCUUGAUUCAUUGAACCAGCUAGAUUUUGUCACAGAUUACAAGGAUGCAAAAUUCUUUAUCAUUAAGUCUUUCAGUGAGGACAACAUUCACAAAAGUAUUAAAUACAAUGUUUGGGCUAGCACGCCUCAUGGAAACAAGAAACUUGAUGCUGCUUAUCAUGAGGCAAAGAAGAUAAAAUGCAUCUGCCCAGUCUUCCUAUUCUUUUCGGUUAAUGCUAGCGGACAGUUUUGUGGGGUAGCUGAAAUGGUUGGACCUGUAGAUUUUGAGAAGGAUGCUGAUUACUGGCAGCAAGAUAGGUGGAGUGGGCAAUUUCCAGUUCAGUGGCAUAUUGUUAAGGAUGUUCCUAACAUCCGGUUCCGUCACAUUCUACUUGAAAAUAAUGAUAAUAAGCCCGUCACGCACAGCCGAGAUUGUCAAGAGGUGAAUCUCAAACAAGGUAUUGAGCUAUUGAAAAUUUUCAACGAUUUUGAUGCACGGACAUCUAUUAUAGAUGACUUUGAAUUUUAUGAUGAGCGGGAAAAAUCCUUGAAGGAAAGGAAAGUUAAACAAGAAGCUAGUUCGACUACAGAUGCUUCUGAUUCAGUUGGCAUUGAUCACGCCCUGCAGUUGAAAGGAAGUAACGGCAAAGAAGUAGCAAAAACCGAGCGUGACAUUAGCUCUAAAACAGAAGCUGCUUCAGCAAUCCUUGAACAUGAUUCCUCUAUGGACCAAAUAUCUGAUAGCUUAUCUCAAGUAUUGCAGUUGGAAGAGGGUGACAAAGAAUUAGCACUGCCAUCCGAAAGUAGUAAUGAUGGAGAAGACAGCGAGUCGGUUGACAGGAAGGCAACAGGUGUAUGAACCUACUAGUGCUUAGGCAUUUUAGGCAUGCAUACAGCGACAACAUACUACUAGGUGUACCUUUGUGAUUUUUAAGAGUAGUUCACUCAUUGACAAAGCACGAGGUGGUAAUUUCGUCAUCUCAAGCAGUCAGGAUGCCAGCUGACUCCGUUUUAUGACCUUUUUUUCCCUUUCCUUGAUGAUCGGUUGUCCAGAACAAUUAGGUGGUACUCGAGUGGGGCGUGCUUGGCAGGAAGGCUGUUUAGUUUUGUAUCUGAAGCUCGGUUUUCCUUAAUUGUAGGGUUAGAAUUAGAUUGUUGGUUUUGGCGAUGCGGAGGUAGUUUGUUGAAUGCAAUGCAGGUUGUGGGUAUUUGUAUAACCCCCCGCCCCGCACCACCCCGACCCCACAAAAACCCAUUUGGGUUGGACUUGAGAGGUUGAUCAAUCAAUAAACGAAUGAAUGGAGGAAUGAAUGAAUUCAGAAAACGCAUUUACUUU